UUCAAUCCAGCUGAAAUGAAACUUUGUAUGAGUUGGACAUGCGCAUAUUUUCUGCCCUUUUGUGUUUUAAAGAUACUUUCUCUGCAUUUAAGGCUGUAUUGUUAAUUUAUUGUUGUCUCAAGCAUGUUUAUUGGAUAUGUCUCAUAUAGUGUUGACAUCAUUCUUGUCUGUUAUAAAAUUUAUUUAGCAAGCGUCCGGGUGGUCAAUUUUCAACAAUAACCUUUUAGAUUACUUACAGUUUAGAUCUGAAUAACGUGUAUUGAAUAAACAAAAAAUAAAAGGAAAAAAAACACGCUAAAAUGAAAAUAAAAUUUAUAUACCUAUGACAUUCUACUAAAAAAUCGGCUUGUAUUUCACAAGUAAAUAUGAACAGGCAGAAAAAAAUCCGUACAGUACCUUAUGUAUAACAAAAAUUAUGUAUUGUAUGUCGCCGGACUAAUUUCAUUAAUCUGCAUGACAUGACACAUGUCAGACAUAGCGUACGUAAAAACUUCGCUAAGUUCCAUAUCCUUAAUAUGAAUUGAAGAUUUCGUUCAAUACAACACGCAAAAAGGUGGGGUAUACAAUAAAAGGGUUAUAUUAACUGUAGCUCGAUCUGGGAUGCUGUAUUCGGCUCUCAUGGAUUUUGCUUGCGCGGUACGUGAGAUCCGACCUGGCAAAAAUCCACUCGAGCCGAAAAAAAGAAUCCCAGAUCGAGCUACUGUUGUAAUAAACCUAUUAUAUUAGUAAAUAACUUUCAAGUGUCUAUUUUUAAGGUAGUUUUGCACGUUCAGAUAAAAAAUAUACAAUGAAGAAUUCGAUGAAACCCUGGAUUUUCAAAACUUUAGCAUAUACUGAUAACAUUCCGCAAAUAAAAAGGAUAUGGUAGUGUGCUUGAAUGUUUCAUAGACUGACUGAAUUUCAAACAAUUUUUAUAAUGGGAGUUAAACUUCUCAGUCAUAAAUAAACAUAUUUAAGAAACAUAAGAAAUAAUAUAUCCCAAACAGUGAUUUUACAUUGAAUAAAAUAAUUGUUCUGAUAUAUGUAGUUUAAUUUGUUUAAUAGAUUGUGUUAGAAAUUAUUUAUAGUUUCCACCCAUAUGGGCGACUGCUAGAGAAUGAUAAUAAUGUGAAACACCCGAACACGGGUUAGUGUUUAAGUAGGAUGGGCGUGGGCUUGGACUCAGUACCCCCGAUUCCGUUUAAAGACAGUGUUACUACUGGAUUACUGCGUCAAGUGUGACAACAAUUUUCAUCCUGUUUUAAGCAAAUACUUUAAAAUUUAUACACAAUCGGCAAAGCUAUAUCAUUUACAGUGAGUGAUAUGCAAAGGAUAAUGUAGAUUAUAUCUCAAUGAUAAAAAACAGUAUUUCAUCAGUUGGCAUAAAAUAAAUGUCUGUACAACUCUAAUAAUCAUUGUGCUUGUCGAAUUAACAAUUAAGCUGUGAAAUUCUGCAAUUAGCAAAAAUGUCCCUUUUCAAAUCUAACUUCACUUAAAUGUCUUCAUUCAUUGUGUUUCAGGAGAACCGGUGCCUAAAGUUAGAAAGUCUACACAGUUGGUAAUCGAGGGAGGGGAGAACAUGCCAGGAACAAAAUCCACGCCAGUUCUUCCGUCGUUUGCUUCAAAAUCAAAAGGUGUAUUUAGUGUUGAUUUGAAACAACUGAACCACUGCCCGGAUAAAUACAGAGUGCGACAGACAAGACAAGAAUGGGUAAAAGACAUCAAAUCUUCGAUGGUCAUAGACGGGUCCAUGAUACCACCUACUAUUCUACCAGUAAUCUUACCUAACAAUGAUUUCAAUGAAGAACAUAUAAUGAAUUACCAGUUUUAUGUGGUUGGGGGAAAUCAUAUGCUAGUCGCUCUUCGAGAACUUCAGGAAGAAACUAGAAUACAGAGAAAUGUUAAAGUAGAAGUAUUUGUCACUGACGAUGAAAUUAGAUCAAUCGCCAACACACACACAAUUCUAAACUUAAAACGCUUCCUGUCACAUUUCAGCUGCUUGUAUUCCCUACUACAGCAGGUGUCACCAGGAACUUGUACAACGAUUGUUUCCAUUGCAAAAUACUCUGCAGAAGAGUAUGCCUUGGUGGAAGAGAUCUUCCAGAAUUAUGAGAGAACGGCAGAAGCAGGGAAAAGUAUUCCUGUUAAGUUAUUUCGCCUGCUCCAAGGACGUAUACUAUUACCAGAGAAAACGAAGCUGUUGAUAAAGGCCAGAGAUGAAGGAAUAUCUAAUGUCACCACUUCAGCAGAAACCAUGAAGAAGAAGAAAAUUAUACAAAAUAAUCUGGUGACAUGCUUAAAUGCAAAAGACUGGCAGCAAGCCAAGACUCACUAUUCCAGUUAUACAUCCGAUGAAGUGUUACAUGUUUAUGCGGGUACGCAGUUGAUCAUAUUAUACAGACCAGGGCUACGAAUGCAGAACAACAUACCAAGACCACUGCUGGACUUUUUAAAGAGCGCAGCAGAGGACCAGACACCGCCAGUACAACCCGAUAGGCUCUCGGUCAACACUGAAAAUAAAUAUGACGGUGGAAAAAUUUGUUGCGAAGAAAUAAAGCACAAAUAUGAGGAAAAAAUAAAAACUGAAAUCCUUAAAGACAUGGUGAGGAAAAGGAAACUCAAUGAAGAAGAAUAAUUUCAUAAUUAUAUGUAUUUUUAUGUUCCCCUUCGUCAUUCCGUGCGUCCGUCAUACUAUUUUCUAGAGUCUAACUUGAAAAGCAUUAAUAGCAUUUGAUUGAAACUUCACAUUAUCAUAGAGGCCAUUGACACAAAGUGAUUACUCUACCUUGACUAUUUUUUGAUUUGUCUUCCUUUAUUAUACAAAAUAAAGUUUGUCUGGAGCAUUACUUGAAAAAUAUUUAUGGCAUUUCUUUGAAUCUUCACUAAACGAUAGAGGAGAGGCCAUUGACGGAAAGUGCAGUGUAAAAGAAAUAUAACUCUACUCUACCUAGUUUUUAGUGAUCACCCUUUAGUAUACAAAAUAAGGCUCGUCCUGAGUAUUGCUUGAAAAGCAUUAAUGGCAUUUCAUUGAAACUACACAAAUUGAUAGAGGCCAUUGAUGGAAAGUGCUGUGUUAAAAAACCAUAACUCUGCCUCACCUAGUUUUUGAAUUAUCCCGCUUUAUUCAAUUUCUUCUUUUUUAUCUCCAUUUAUGUAGUUUCUUACACGUUAUUCCCCAUAUUGGUACAAGCACAUGCAUUGGGGAGCAUCGUUUGGUUUUACCGAAUCCUUGUCAUUAUAUAAACUUCAAUGAAAAUAGACUUAGCCAGAAUGUCUACUCACUACACAAAUAACUGUUGGUUUCUAUAAAAUUGUGUUUUUAGAUACGGAUUAGAUUGUCACGAGUACCAAACUGUAAAAAAGCCAUUACGACUGCAAGUGAUUCCGGUAUUGUAAAAGGCAAUGAUAAAAAAUAUACUUAUUAAAUGCUUACUUUUUUA